CUGCAUGCGUGGCCCAGGGGGCUGGCGUUGGACUACCCCGGAGCCGAGCCACUGAGCCUGGGCGUGGUGCGGGGAGGGGAUGGGGGUGGUGUGGGGGAGGUCAAAAACUGUCCGAGCCCUUGUCAGAGCGCCCGGGGCUGGGUCCUGGUGGCGCUGCCUCCGUGACGGUGACGCGAAGGGCGCUGCAUGUGUGUGGCUGUGCAUGUGGGGCUCGGGGCAGGGAACGCCGCCCGCCUGCCUCCCCUUUGGGGACCCCUCUGAGGGCACCAAGGAGGGCGAGCCCACCCUUCCAUCCCUCCCUCCGCUUGGGCUGGCUCAUGGGGAGGAGGGACUGGUCCUGCUCCCGCCACAGCCGGGUUCCAGCCCUGCCCUGCCCCAGGAAGCAGUUGGGAAGGCUCUGCCCUCACCUGGCUCUGCUGGUGCGGCUGAACUUGCCACCUUCCCUGCCCAGGGCGCCUCAAAGGGAGCUCUGCGCCCGCUGCCCUGCCCGGGCAGGUGGGGCUGGGUGGAGGAGCAAAGCUCUGCUUUUUUCCCAGGCUCAGGCUCCGGCUUCCCCCCCAGGCUCGGGCCCUCUGCCGCAGCCGGUGAAACCGGGGCUUCCCUUAGCGCCAGCGCCGGGCCCGGGGCUGUGGCUCUGCGGGAGAGGGCUCGCAGGUCCCGGUGGCACGGGAACAGUUGGGGUGGCGGGGCCGGGGUCGUGCUGGGGGCCGGGGGAGAGGGGCACUGGGUGUCCGCUGCGGUCGGGUCACCGCUCUUGGUGUCGCCGGGGGUUCUCUGCGCGCGGGGCAGGGCGGAGGCAGGUCUUGGCUGCUGCUGGUGUGCACUGGAGCUUGGAGCUGAGCCACGAGGUCGUGGGCUGAGCGCAGAGCUUGCAGGACCCUCUUUCUCGGGCUGUCUGGCCACUUAGGAGCUUGCACCACGUUUCUGCUUUGGCACUUCUGUCCUUAACCAGCCAGGGAGGGAGAGGGGGAGCGAGUGCCUGUGGCUUUGUCUUCUUCCUGGGGCCCCGUGGGUGAGGACCACCCGCUCCCCCCCCAUGCUGUACCCCCUGUGCCUCACAAGACCCCUGCCCCCUUCUUUGUACCCCGGUGAGCGGCAGGCUGGGCUCCUGCUGUGGGGCUGAGCUCAGCUGCCCUGUUGGAUUUGACUUCAAUAAAGUUUUCUAUUUUUGACCGGUUGUGCCUUAUUUUCCCUGCUGCCCCUGAGGAGGCUCUCACUCCCAGCAAUUUCCCAGGCAUAUUUUCCACGUCCUUGGCCACUGGAGCACCCAGGCCCUGUGAG